AUGAGCCUCAAUGGACUCAGGAUCAUUAUUGAGAAAGACACCAAGGUUCCUAAUGCAGCUAUCUUCACAGUCAACAAAGAGGAUCACACGCUGGGCAACAUGCUUAGAGCCCAGCUACUAAAGGAUCCUCAAGUCUUGUUUGCAGGAUACAAGGUUCCUCACCCACUGGAACACAAGUUCAUCCUAAGGGUACAGACCACACCCGACUACAGCCCUCAAGAAGCCUUCACUAAUGCCAUUACUGAUCUCAUCUCAGAAAUCUCACUCUUAGAAGAGAGGUUCAAUGCAGCUGUCAGAGACAAGAGAGAUAUACAGGACUGAAGGAGUGUUUCAGUCAUAUCUUCACAAUCUAUGAACUGCUGGACAGUACUUUUUGUACAUUGUUGUGAAAAUACUUGAGUGAUGGAUGGAUGAAUGAACUGGAGUCUGACUUGUAAGAUUUAUUAUAAGAGCAGCAUGAAGCUGUUAGGACCAAUGAAGAUGGCUUUCACCUUGAAAUCAGUUCGUGGCAAGAAUGGUGUUGCUCAUAAGGACAUUCUGGAGUAUUGUUUGGGAAAUGUGAAUGAGCAUCAGCUACUGAUGUACUUGGGCAGCUUUUGAAAAUGUUCUAUGUUGUUAAGUCUGAUGUCAAUCUUUCUCUAUGAAGCAGACAUACAUCUGUAGCCCAGCUCACAGAGGUUCAUCAAGUGUCAUCAUGGCCAAAUUUGACAUCGAUUCAUAGUAACAGAGGUCUUGUUCAUCACAUUUUUUUGCACUUAAAGUAUUAUAAACUGUCUUGGGGAAUGACAUAUAUAUGUUUUCUCUACAAUGAUUGCAUAGAAUAACAAUUUGUGUAUAAUGUUUCAUGAAGAAUUUACUAUUAUACUGAGCUCAGCAUCCAAUCAGAAUUACGGCUUCCAAUGUACAUGUAGUUCCCCAGGAAAAGUUAUGAAACAGGCCACUGCUUUAUAAUUAUAGAGAGAUGUCUUCGUUUCUUUCCAUAGUUAGAACACAGGUAACAGGUUAUUGUUCUAGUAGCAAACAGUCUUGAUCUGGAUUUGAUUCAACUGGUGUCAGUUAUUUACUUUUGAUAUAAAGAUACAUUUGCCAAAUCAUGGAUAGAUCCCACACAUUAAAUGAGUGCAGUGUAUAACAGUCAAUUUUGACUCCCCCCGGAUUAUAGACCUGAGCCUUUCCUGGAAUGGAAUAUGGAUCUCUCAUUGGAGUUACUCAUGAGAUCACAACCAGGAUCUUGGGCCAAAUGACUAGUAUUUCAAACCACAUUUCACCUCCUGUUUGAAUGUUUAUUCAUGAAGUUGGGAAAUAAACUUCACGGUAUUCCAUUUUCUUGCUAUUGACCAGCAUAAAAAUGAAUUGCUUUGAAAUCUUAGUAAAAUAAGAAUUGGUUUCCAAAAUGAAUGCACCUUUGUAUAUUAAUUCAUAAUGUGGUUCCAGCAUUUCCAUUAUUUUGGGUUUUGUAGUAUUCAAGAAUUAAAGAUCACCUCUUCUUAAAUACACACAUAUACCCAAGUUUGUUGUUGCAUAAUUGUUCUUAUCAGCCCAAGUUUUAAUUUGUCAAUUGCACUAUUUUCUUAACCCAACUACAAGAUCCUGUAAAUCCCUUUACACUUUAUAUACAGUCCUGCCUGUCUCCAUAAGCAGCCAUCUAAAGAUAUCUAACCAGACAAGCAAUUCAAGAUAACCAACUAAUAAAACCCUUACCCUUACAAAUGGAUAUUGUAUCUGCAUUUGUGUGACUGUAUCGAUAUACCAUCUCUCUUUGAUUCAAAAUGUUGUGAAGUCAUGAAUGUUUUUAUUUUACGAUGUAAUAAAUACUUUGUAAAAAAUA